AUGUAUCUUAGGGAUGUCCGAUGGGUAUUCCGAGAUCACACAUUGGGAGAGGUUUCAAGUACUGUAGAUGCGCAUUCCCAAUUGCUGAUUGCUAAUAUCAAUAAUGUUACGGGAAGCAAUGCUGGCGAAUACACAUGUGUUAUGCAAAAAGGUGAUCAGGAGAAACGCCUAAAACAAAUCAUCUCGGUUGUGAAGACUGUAAAACCAUACCACACUCAAUCCGAUCCUGAAAAGCCAAGGUUUUUGGAAUAUGGCAAGCCUGCAGAAUUCGAAUGUAAUAUCGAUGGCACUCCCCGUCCAGAUUUCAAAUGGCUCAAAGAUGGUAAACCAUACGAAGGUGGCGAGCUAUCUCCAGACAAUAGACGACUACACAUAGCUAGAGUCGCUGCUGAAGACAAAGGAGAGUUUGAAUGUGUGGCCACGAACAGAGCAGGCACAAGUGUAUACAAGUUUGCCGCCAGGGUUGAAGGAGCCCCAAAACGAGUUUCGAGUUCGUUUCUCUUCAUGAUCUUCAUGUUGCUGCUAGGAUUGCUCUGCUGCUUAAUUACUGCGUUGGUGCUGUAUUUCAAGCAAAGAAAGAAGGCCAUUGAGCAGGAAAGAGCGUUGAACGUCCUUUACGAACAACUGAUGAAAACUGCUGAAGGUCCACCACCAAGUGGUCCAAAAUUGCCACUUGAUCAGCGUGUUUAUCAACUCCCAUACAAUCGCCAAUAUGAGCUUGAAAGGGAGAAUCUUGAAAUUGGAAACAGGCAUCAAAAAAUGCUUGCGGAUGAGUUGAAAAUUAUGUGCGCCAUCGGUAAACACCCGAAUGUCUUGGCACUCAUUGGAGCAAUCACCAAAAACAUGAAGGGAGGAGAACUCUACGUUGUCGUCGAACUUUGUGAUAAUGGCAAUCUCAAAGAUUACCUAUUGAAGUACAAAAACAAAUUUAUCAACGAAUUGAAACAGACAGCCGUCCCUGAUGACGGUUAUCUACGCCCGGAUUCAUCCGUGAAAACGCACUACGCUUCUGAACAGAUCCCCGACUGGUCGAAUGAUAUGGAAUCGGACCGAUUGCUUUCCGAUAAUACUAUGUUGCGCAAGAAAAAUGUACUAGUUCCCUUCCGAUGGAUGGCUAUCGAAGCUAUCCAGGAUGGUGUAUACACCUUGGAGGAUCUACUAAAUAAGCUUCUCGAAGGACAUAGGAAUACCAAACCACAGUAUUGUCAUGAUGAUAUUUAUGAUCUGAUGAUGAGGUGUUGGGAAAAGGACCCAAAUGAGCGACCGAACUUUACUCAGUGCAUUCAUCAUUUAAAGGAACAGCUGCGGAAAGCGUCUCCACAGUUGCUAGAACGAGUAGAGCUGGAUCUAGGGGAAGAAUGCAAACGUCAAGAUGCGCUUUCGCAAUGGCUCACCCCUGAGCCGGACCCCCGCGAAGGAAUCAACGGCUUCGGUACGGCCACCCCGUCAUCUCCUAAACACACCGAACGCAUUUACAUCAGCGAAUUUUCUCGGUAG